AAAAUUGUGUUUACGUUUGAAAUGUUUUGGAUUUUAAGUCAAAAUUUUUUUAUUGAAAUUAAUUUUGCAGUGAUUUAAGACAAGACAUGAAUCAAAGUAAUGAUAAUAUAAGACAAACAAGACUUGGAAGUCGUAAAACACAAGACAUGAGUGUCACGAUUGAUGUGAACGACGUGUUUGAAGAAGUGGUUAAACAAAAUGAAAGACUUGUCAAAGAAAUUGAAUUUUAUGAAGAAGUGGUCAACGAUUUGGUGAUAAAUGUGAAGAAAUGUAUUGUUUGUCAACAAAAUGAUGUCAUAAAUGACAGAAUCAAUCGAUUGGAGACACACUUGAAGAGUAAGACAAUCGAUAACUCAACUGAUGUUAAAAGUGAUGAAAAAGAUUGCAAUAAAAAUUUAAAAACAAAAGGUUUACAAAAGUUGAAGAAAAUAACUAAAAGAUGUAUUAAAAUGGUUACAGACUCUGAUACCAGUGAUGAGGACAAAGACACGGAUAGAAGUGUGAAAAGAAAUGUAAAAACAUUGAAGAAAACUAAGAAAAAUCCAAAGAAGAAAAAAGAGAAAACCAUUUCAAGAGAUGGACAUAAAGUUAAAAAUGUGAAUCAAAUCAAACCAUACAGUGAUGAGUAUGAAGAAAAAAGACUGAAAUUAAAAGAUGAAACACUUAGCAGUGAUGGUCACUAUUAUUGCCAGACAUGUGAUUAUAAAAGCGUUAGAUUUAUUGAUUUUGAGGCACACGUCAACCGAUAUCAUCUCAACAUUAAUCCAUACAAUUGUGAUAUUUGUGGCAAACAUUUUAGUAGUAAUGACACUUUAAGACGACAUAAGAGUCGCAAACAUUAUUAUGUUGGCCAAGGAUUGGAUCAAUUAAGUGAUAAACGAAAAUCUCAAAUUGCCGAAACAUUAUCGAAAUAUCAAUGUCAAUUGUGUCCACAGUUUAUGAGCAGUCAGUCAAAUGUUAAUCGACACGUAUUGCACGCGCAUCACAAAGUGAAACCAACUAAAACGAUUGCAUGCGAUAUGUGUGACAAAUCGUAUAGUAAUAGUAAUACACUUAUAACACAUAAACGUUUAAAACACGGUAUCGGAGAAAAGUUACCGUUUUAUUACUGCGAUUGGGAGGGCUGUCAGUUUAAGACAGCAAAUAGAUGUAUGGUUUCAGUGCAUAAAAAAAGACAUUUAGGUAUCCGCGACUAUGCGUGUGAUUGGCCCGGAUGUGAGUAUCGGGCAUUCGCCAGAAGUGAUAUUACUAAACAUAGUCAACUCGUUCACAGCAAUAAUUAUGACUACCUGUGCCAAUGGACAGGUUGUGAGUUUCGCACCAAAAGUGAGUAUUGUUUAAAAAGACACACAAAUAAUGUCCAUAAGGAUAUUCCCCGCACACUGUCGUGUCAUUGGCCCGGAUGUGAUAAAUCGUUUAGAUUUCCCGCUGAGUUGACAAAACAUAUGAAAACACAUAACAAACCACAUCUGCCCUGUCCUUACUGUAACAAACUGUUUACGACUAAACAAUAUUUGAGUAAUCAUAUGGGAAUCCAUACGGGAAGUAUACGUGUGUCGUGUCCGGUAAAGGGAUGUAAUAUACAGAUAUCGUCCAAAGCUAAUAUCGGACAACAUUUGAAAGUACAUCACAAGGGAUGGACAGACAUGAAUGAUAGUAAUGAUAAUAUAAGACAUAAUACUAGACUUGGAAGACAUAAAAGACAAGACAUGAGUGUCACGAUUGAUGUGAACGACGUGUUUGAAGAAGUGGUUAAACAAAAUGAAAGACUUGUCAAAGAAAUUGAAUUUUAUGAAGAAGUGGUCAACGAUUUGAUAACAAAUGUUAAGACAUGUAUUGUUUGUCAACAAAAUGAUGUCAUAAAAGACAGAAUCAGUGAAUUGGAGACACACUUGAAGUGUAAGACAAUCGAUAAAUCAAUUAAAGUUAAGAGUGAAUACAAAGACUGCGAUAACAAAUUAAAAACAAAUCUUAAGACAAAAAGAUUACAAAAAUCAAACAAAAGAUGUGUUAAAGAGGUUACAGAUUCUAAUAUCAGUUAUGAUGACAACGAAUCAGAUAGAAGUUGGACAACAAAUUCAAAGGUAAAGACAUCUAUGAAAUCAAAUAAGAGAAACGAGAAAAUUAUAUUAAAAGAUGUCGAGAAAGUUAAAGACAUUAAAAGCAAAACAAUUAAAACUGAAAAACAAAUCAAAUUAUAUAGCGAUGAAUAUGAAGAAAAAAGACAGAAAUUAAAAGAUAAUGGACUUACCAGUGAUGGCAGCUAUCAGUGCCAGACAUGUGAUUAUAAAAGCAUAAAAUUUAUAGAUUUUGAGACACAUGUCAACCGAUAUCAUCUAAACAUUAAGCCAUUCAAGUGUCACAUUUGUGGCGACCAUUUUGUCGGUUACGACAAUUUAAGACGACAUAAAAGUCUCAAACACUAUUAUGUUGGCCAAGCGUUGGAUCAAUUAAGUGAUAAACGAAAAUCUCAAAUCGCCCAAACUUUAUCGAAAUUUCAGUGUCAAUAUUGUCAAAAAUUUAUACACUGCGAGUCAGAUCUCAAACAACACGUGGCGCGCGUGCAUCACAACGUAAAAUCGUCUAAAACUAUUAUUUCAUGCGAUUUGUGUGAAAAAUUUUAUAGUAAUAGGGCUACACUUAUCAAACAUAAACGUUUUUAUCACGGCAUUGGAAAAAAAUUACCGAUAUUUUAUUGCGAUUGGGAGGGCUGUCAGUAUAAAUCAGUAAAUAGUACAAUGCUUGAAGUGCAUAAAAAAAGACAUUUAGGUAUCCGUGACUAUGCGUGUGAUUGGCCCGGUUGUGAAAUACGGACGUAUACUAGUUCUAGUCUUGAAAUCCAUAAGCUAAUUCAUACCGAUAAUAAUGACGACCGGUGCCAAUGGCCCGGUUGUGACUAUAAAGCUAAAAAUAAGUACCAAAUAAAGAAACAUAUGAAAAGAAUUCAUGAGGACAUACCCCGAACACAUGCGUGUCAUUGGCCCGGAUGUGACAAAACGUUUAAAUUUGCCUAUAGUUUGACAAAACAUAUGAAAACACAUAACAAACCACAUCUGCCCUGUCCUUACUGUACCAAACUGUUUACGACUAAACAAUAUUUGAGUAAUCAUAUGGGAAUCCAUACGGGAAGUAUACGUGUGUCGUGUCCGGUAAAGGGAUGUAAUAUACAGAUAUCGUCCAAAGCUAAUAUCGGACAACAUUUGAAAGUACAUCACAAGGGCUGUACCGGCAAAUAG